GAAAAAUUGUGAAUGUUAUACAACCUAAAAUAAUUAACAUUUUGUAAGUUGAAGAGGUACUGUGUUUUUCCAUUGUAGUUAGUUUUUACUUCCAAUGAAAAUGCAGUUAUGGGUCAAAAAAUUAUUUCAUUACUUCAGUAGGCCUGAAUUCUGACUUUGUAUGUAAAUAGUGACAUUCCGUUAGUGACCUGUAUAGCACAUUAUUGUGUUUAACAGUUAAAAAUAGUAAAAAUGAUCACAGUAACAAAUGACUUCUCACUGAUGAGGAGGUGGGUGUUUUUUAUAGCCAUGCCCAGAUGUCUUUUGGUUUCCCAUAUUUUCUGAAACUGCCUGUGAUGAACUGGUAGAAGAAAUGGAACAUUAUGGACAGUGGUCAGGAGGAAAACAUAAGGAUAGCCGUAUAUCUGGAGGUUAUGAAAAUGUCCCAACUGAUGAUAUUCACAUGAGGCAAAUAGGAUUGGAUAAUGAAUGGCUGCAUUUCAUUCGAGAGUUUAUUGCACCAGUAACUCUAAAAGUCUUUGCUGGCUAUUAUACCAAGGGACGUGCACUGCUGAAUUUUGUUGUAAAAUACACUACUGACAGACAACGUUCCCUUAGACCUCAUCAUGACUCCUCUACAUUUACCAUCAACAUUGCUCUAAACAAAGUGGGAGAAGAUUUUCAAGGAGGUGGUUGCAAAUUCCUUAGGUACAACUGUUCCAUUGAGUCACCCAGAAAAGGAUGGAGUUUCAUGCAUCCAGGAAGACUUACUCAUUUACAUGAAGGACUUCCCAUUUUAAAUGGAACGAGAUACAUUGCAGUAUCGUUCAUUGAUCCUUAACUUUUAAAUUUUUUUCUGCCAUUUCAAAGCCAGUGUUUGAUUCUUUGGCACAAAUACUUAUUUAUAGUUUUCCUCCAAGAAGAUAGCAAUCAUGAUAAAAGAAAAUGUAAAUUGCUUCCUAUAGACAGCAUCUUUACUUUGGACUAGAAGAUUGAACAAUAAAAACAGCUUUAAAAUUGUUGGGAAAUUUUCCAAAAGUAUUUUCUGAGCCUUAAGUCACAAAGUAAGAAUAUCCUGCUUAUUUCUCCAUUUUUGCUGUCUUGUGGAGCAUGGUAGGAAGGGAAAAUGGAACUACUUUUUUAAAUGAAUCAAUUUUUCGGUUACAGCAAAAAUUACUGGAUGAUUUUAUAUCUCUAAAUUUUUUCUGGUUUUCCUUCAGUAAAGUGAAACAGCUGAAUUUGUUUGGUAUUUAUAUUUUAAAGAUACCAGUAGAAGAGCAUGUAGCAGUAGUAUCAAGUGAAUCCCAGUCCCCAGCAAAAGUGAAUAAAAUUUUUCAUUUAAGUAAAAAAUUAUUCAUGUUGGUGGCUACUUCAUGAAACCGCUCAGUUAAACCUUUUAAAAAUGUUUGUUGAUAUAACGUACUAAAAUGCAUCUCCUCUGAAAAGAAAUAUGUGCAUUGCUGAAAAGGAUUCAUUGUAGAAAUGAAGAAACAGACUGAAUAACUUAGAUAAAAAGUGUGCACUUCUAUGUAAUAUUGCAAAAUUUUUUUAAAGAACUCAUCCAGUUAAAAUGUUACUUCUCUUCGCCAAGUGUCCUUCAAUUGAAAUGAGGUAUUUUUGUAGAUGUACCAGAUCAACACUAGAAAGCAGAAUCUUGUUUUCAAAGCAUUGGUAAGGAAAUAUCAGGAUGUUUUGUAAACACAAUUUUCUAUUCUUACUUGAAUUUUAUAUCAGGAAAAUGAAGUUGCAAAAGACUCUUUUUAUGAACCUAAGUGGUUUGACUUGCCAUGUAUAAAGGAAUCAGUUUUAAAUAUUCCUACUGUAUCUACUGUUUGUAAUUUAAAAAAAAACAAACUUGAAACAACCAUUAAACCAUGAAGUCUAAGGUGCCAAAAUAGUGUUUUUAAAAACUAUGUGACCUUGUGAAAAAUAAAUGGUAAUUUUAAAUUAAUACUAGCGUUUUCUUGUGUAUUUUAGUAAAUUUAGCACAUUGCUAUUUUCAGUGCCUACUUCUAGAAAGUGUGUUGUAUUUAAUGACUUAUACAUUUAAAGGAAUUAUUGUUCAUCAUGAUGUGCAUGAUCACAAAGUUUUCUUUUAAUACCCUGUAUGUUCACCUGUUACUAUUUAAAUUAUUUCUCUCAUUAGUUAAUGCUUAAGUCUUGAUCAAGAUAGGCAAUAUUUGAGAGCUUUAGCAGUAAUAUACUUGAUUGCCAUAUACUACAGUAACACUUCUAAGCAGGUUACUUAGUGACGUUAAGUAACAAUUCUUUCUCCUUUGAACCUGACUGAUUGGGUGCUAAUAUAAAUUAAGUAAAAUAUAAGAACUCCAGAACUGGAGCAGUGAGUUAAUUGUUUUUAACACCAGGUUCUUUUGUUCCAAAUUUUCAUUUCCCUUCUUUACAUUGUACCUUUAUUUUUUUCCCACUUCAAGCAGAUGUUUACAGAUUGCAGAAAUACGUGUUUGCAUUGCAUUUCUUGACCUGUAUAAUGUCCAUGCCUACAUGUAACUUUAGCUGACUGAUAUUCUUUGGGCUAAAUGUAGACUGAACUUCUAAAAGCUAUGAAAUUCAGAAAAUCUCCUGGGUAUGAAAGCAGUCUUUGUUAACCACCUUUUUUCCAAGUAUUUGCUUGCGGUCUGUUUAGGCUACCUUAGAACAGAAUAUUCCUUUACUGUGUGGUCUGUUUAAUAUAGGUCAAGGUAUUGAAGCAUUCUUUAUAAAGAAAUACUUGAAAACAGGACAAAAUAAAGUUGUUU